CAUUAUUAUAUGUGUCGUGUUUUUUUUACCGACGCACUCGCUGCACUCACGGGUCCGGCGCGUAACGUGCGUUUAUUCGGUUAUAACGGCGACGACGACGACGUGAAAUGAUAGUAUAACUCAACUACGCGUACGUGCUAUAUAGUGCCCACGAAAUCGGCGAGUUUUCGGCGGACGGAGUUCUCGCGACAACAUUAUCACUAUACAGGGUCAUAUGGUGUGAUAUCAUGAGUUCUACAGCUUCUCAAAUUAGUGACUUCAAUUUACUAAGACGAUGUGGCAAAAGGUCGUCAAAGAAGAACAACUCGACUAUCGCGGAUUUGUAUAACAAUUUAUACGCCAGUCAAAUGGUGGCAGCCGACCAAAGGGCCAAAAUGUCGCCUCAAAGAACCAUUUCGCUGGGUUCGCUACAUCAUCCACCACAAACUCAAUUUAUGGAACCCAGACUCUCACAACUGGAGACAUUAGAAGCUAAGAUGGCUAGCAUUGAAGUCUCACUGUCUACAACGUUAAAAAAAGCAAAAAAAAGUUCAACUCCUGUCAUACCAAGUAGUCCUCAACCAGCGAUGAUUACCCAAAAUAAGAUCAUAACACCUAUCAAAGGCAAUGGGUAUAUGACGGAUAACCACGACAAAGAAAAUAUUACACGAAACAAUACAAAACUUCAAACUCAUCUAGUCAAUGAAACCAAUGAGCAGAACAAACAUAAUCAAAAAGUACAAAGCGAUACGGUCAACGAAAGUGAAAAACAUUCACUGACCCAAAAAAUAGAAAGCCUAAAAAAUGACAUGGACCAAAAACGAUUGGCUAUUAAAAAUAUAAAAAUGUCACUGGAACAAUUAGAUGUUACAGAUAACAUUGACACGAGGAUACAACAGGCAGAAUUAGAAUACCAAUUGGGCAGGGAGGAACUUAAUCUUCUCAGUCUAAUGGAAGAAACCAACAAACAUAAGUGUCGUCUUGAAGAGAUUGAACAACAUAAUGAACAAAAUGAAAAUAACACACUAUACAAUUAUUUAGUUUCUAAUCCCAGAGCCGUAAUAAGCUUACAAGCUGUAGAGCUGGAAUACGAUCCAAAGAGUCCUAAGUUCGGUGUAGGUUCGAGAAAAGAUAAGCCUGGCCUGUUUAUUGACUGGACAGUUGACGAUUUGGGAUUUUCCAAAGGAGAUAGAUUACUGGAAGUGAACGGUAAGGUGGUGCUGUCGAUGAAGAACAACCACGACCUGAACCGGCUGCUGGAGGUGUCGCCGUCGUCCGUGCGCGUGGUGGUCAUGCACGACGGGCCGUCGGCCGGCCACCAAAUGGAGUUGGCGGCGCUCAGGCGGGAGCUGGACGCUUGCCGGACGCGGGCCGAGGAAACGGACAGGUCCAAGCACGCGUAUAAGACGGAAAACGUGAGACUGUCGCACAGGGUGUCGUACCUGGAGGACCAGGUGUCGGAGCUGAUCAAGUGCAGGUCGUCGUCGUCGGCGGGCACUGCAGGCUCGUCGAACGGAACCGGCGGCGGCGGCGUGAUGUUCCAGAGGGGCGCCAACGCGGCGGUGAUGGUCCGGAGCAAGAGUCCCAAGCACGGCGUGUCGGCCAUCCAACAGUACAAGCGCAAACAGGUGGUGUACGACGACCGGCCCGCGGCGAUGAGGGCCCCCGAGGGCGGCCCCGUGGUCAAGACGCGCAUCCGGACCGUGCCCCGACUGUACGGAAGUUCGGCGUCGGUCGAAUCGCUGGUGUCGUCGACAGACGCCGUGGUGGCCGCCUACAAGUCGUUCGACGACCUGCACGGCGUGGCCGCGGCGCACGGCAAACGGAACAAGUACCCGACGGCCGGCGGCCGGAACAGCAGCAGGACCCGGCACAUACGCGAGGCCCAGCAGACGUUGUUCCGGUUCCUCGACUCCGAGUCUUCCGGCGGGGGCGGCGUUGCGCCGUACUUGCUUCAGCAGGGCGGCGGCGGCGGCGGCGGCGGCAGCGUGAGGUCGCUCGACCUGCAGCAGGAAGCGACGGCCGCCGACUCGCACCGGUUGAAGAGCACCGAAUAUUACUCGCACCUGACGGGUGCGGCCUCCUUGUCGGGGGCUGCAGGGUCGCCGCGUUCCAGCCGGUCGCUCAACUACGAUUCGGAACAGUCGGGCCGGCGGGCCCCGAUGCCGCCCAAAAAACCGUUGCGGCUUUCGCUGCAACAGCGACACGGCAACAAUACCACCGCCGCGCCCGGCAAAAACGACGUCGACGACGAUUCGGCGACGGCCAACGAGAACGACGGCGGAAACGGCGACGACGUCGUCGUCAGACUCCGCAGUCACGGGCACAACCAUCACAAUCACAAUCGCCGACGCCGCAACGACGAGGACGACGUCGAUCUGUCGGCCAUAAACAACACCAUGUCGUGAACGCUCCAUCAACUACCUACCUAAAUAUAAUAUAUUAUUUAUAAAUUAUUUUGUGUUUAUAAAGUUUUUUUUUGUUGUUUUUUUGUAUUCGAGUUAAUUUAUUUUCCCGACAUUAUAAUACAAACGUCGUUUAA